AUGAACGGGUACGUGUUAGCUACAAAAGUUCUCUUACGCCAGCAUUUUUGAGUGUUGAUAGAUAAAAGUUUUUAUUGCGAGUUUUAUUGUUCUUCUAUUCAUUAACAUUUUUAUGACUUCUUGUGGCUCUUAAAAUAAGUUUAACGCGACACAAAUGUCCAAUCCUUUGCUGAUAUAUCCAUGACAUAAUACUGAUGUUUCGUUGUAAUUAAAUAAAGAAUUUUAAUAGUAAUGCCAAGCCAGCAAAAGCAUACAGAAGAUGCCGAAGCUAGGUUUACGAAACUUGAAAGCAAAACUUUUAACAGUUUGAUGUUCAAUUAACUGAUAACACAUUCCAAGUUAAUUGUUCUCACACCUCGAUAAGUAUAAAAGGGUAUUUCACAGGUCCACGAACGAUAAGAUGGCUCGCUUGUCGCUCUUUGUCUUCGCCCUUGUAGCGGCCUCGGCAGGUAAGGCUGCCACUUUAACCUUUACAAGGGAAUGUUACAAACUGCCUAUUCGAUUUGUUAGUUUUAUUAAUGCCAAUGCAACCAUAACCUCAAAAAGAUAUUUUUUAAUUUUAUGGUAUACCUCUAACACUUACAGUUGCGCAACAACAGCCAUGUCCGGCCGGCUGGUUCUAUAGGUCUCAUGCGAACCAAUGUUACUAUGUCUCAAACCAUAACCUACCGUAUUCCGAAGCCGUGGAUUAUUGUAAAAAAGACGGAGGUACCUUGGUAUCUUUGAAAAACAAAGAAGAGUACGACUACGUAAAAGGUAGGGCUAUCUUAACAUGCAAUAUUACUUUAAAGAACUGUACAACAACAAAACUGGCGGUCUAUAUCCUCCAUGGAUUGGAUUGACAAGAGACAGUAGAUGGUACUACACAGUAUGGAGAUGGCCUGAUGGUGUGACCGCUUACAGUACAUACUGGUUGCCCGCAGAGCCGGCUAAGGACGAGGACGGAGCUUGUGUAGCCUGGAGAACGAUCGAAAACGACGGUUGGAAGACUUUGAACUGUAAAUAUGCCCAGAGAUUCGUUUGUAAACAAUCGUCAUCAAAGUAGGUUAACAAAAUAACCAACUCGAGUACAAGAAUAAACAUAAUAUAAUCUAAAAGCACUGUAAAUGCAACUUUGACCUUCUAGCUGUCCAACGAAGAACUACGAGGCCCAGUCAGGUACGUUGACAUCGCUCUACUUCCCAAGUGAGUACUCGAACAACUUGAACUGCUUCUACCACAUCAAAGUCAAGCCCGAUUACAAGAUUAAAUUGGAAUUUAGCAGUUUCUACACUGAGAACUACUUUGAUAAACUAGUCUUAUAUGACGAUUACAACGGAAAUAUGACCAACAAAAUCGACACGUAAGGUCUUAAAUCUACAGUAGGUACUAACCAUUACCUUUUAGACUUUCUGGAGCGUACUUAUUCAAAAGAGUAUUUGAAACUUCUGAAAAUGUAAUGACUCUUAACUUCUUGACGGACCAUUUGAUCACGAAGCAAGGAUGGAAUGCUACCUACACAGCUUUGUAAGUAACAAAUAUUACUUUUGCAACGUGUAUUAAUGUUCAGAGCGUACCCUAAACACUACUAUAUUAUAAGCAAUACUUUAGUAGCUAAAAAACCAGGCUACAACCGUACGAAAAAUAAAAUUGUUUUCAGAAACUAAUCGUAAUUCCAGGCCAAAAGAACCAACCCAUCACUACUAUGACCAAUCCGGUGUUAUAACCAGCAAAAACUACCCCAACAACUACCCGAACAAUGAAGACAAUCUGUACCAAAUCCAUGGACUGCCUGAUAAGGUGAUCCGUAUUACCGUCAACGACUUCCAAACCGAAAACAAAUACGAUUACAUGACUAUUCAAGAUGGAAACGACAUUGUUUACAGCAGAGAGAUAGCCAGACUCAGUGGUGACAAUGUGACUACCCCGGUAUCGUACUUGAGUAGCCAGAACAACGUGCUCAUCAGGUUCUUCAGCGACAUUAGUAUCAACAGGAAAGGAUUCUCCCUCACAUACACCUCCGAAAACAAAUAUUAG